AUGAACGCCUGGAAAGGGGUACAAGCCAGAAAGGCACCUGCUUCGACCACCUUGGUAACUCCAAAUCCAUCACCGCCGUCACCAACGCCUCCAGCGUCUCCUGUACCCGACACGCCCAGAGACGGAGCUGAUUUGAAGGCGCCAUCACGUCGAAAAAGUCUUAGCAAGUUGACCAAAUUGGACAUCCAGGCCCUGGCUAAGGCUAACGACGAUCACUCAAAGGAUUUUUCACCGUGUGGUAAAGUUGUGACAUCCAUAUUGGAUAACUACGGAAAACCUUUACAAAAACCAAAGUUGCCGAGAUGCCAUACGGCGCCGGCUAGGGUUGUACGAAGUACGGCAUUGGCGUAUGGGCGUUUAGUUGUUGGAGGCAAACGGCAACAACAUUCUGGCAAUAAUGAACCCCAAGACGUUGAAACUGGCACCAACAAAAGGGCGGUGUCUGCCAAAGGGAGAUUCGUGUCUAAGAGAGAAGCGUUACUGGAAAUGUUAUCAGACAGAAAUGUCGAGUUUAAAAGAAGACCGAAGACUCCCCAACAUGCCCAGGAUUUGUUCAAGUCGCGGCGGCUCGCAGCCAAGAACAAUGCUAGUUGGGACUGGGUGCUCUCGGAAGCCUAUGAACACCUUCAGUCUAGAUUCGAGGAACCAGGGCAGGCAAAGGCAUUUUUUCGGCGGAUAUCCAGAAGGGCACUGAUAAUACUGCGUUGGAUUGCGUUCCUCAAAGAGCAAUCCAAGUACAUCGACAGGGAGUUAGAGGAACUAAUGGAUAUAGUUUUUGGUCCUAAACCCGAGGGAGACAAACCCACCACGCGAGAUGAGGAUAUCGCCAGAAGUGCUGGAGUCGACUUCGACAGAUUGUAUUUUAGGGCGAAUAAAGAGUUGAAAAUAACAUUAGAUGUGCAAAGGACCCUAACUCUUCCGCCUAACUCCAGGUCGCCGGAGAUGUUAAGGAGGGUCUUGUAUAGUCUGCAAACGGUGAAAUCUUUCUGUGACUAUCCUCUGGACAUGCAGAGAAAGAUAUGUGAAGUUGGCUGGUAUCAAUCACUUCCUGGUAGGAAGGUGAUUGUUAGACAAAGUCACAUAGCUGAGAAUUUCUAUUUUGUUCUCUCAGGAAGAGCUCUAGUCAAAAAAGUCGAUACAAAGCAACCAAGUUAUGGAGUAGCACGGGAACGAGUCGUAGGUUUUAUUGCCAGAGGUCAAAGUUUUGGGGAGGUGGCGCUCAUGCAUCAUUCUCCUAGAUCCGCCACAAUCGAAAGCAUGACUCCCAUGCAGCUUUUAGUGGUCGGCAGAACUGACUACAUCAAUCUGUUUUCCGGUGAGAGUGUAAAUGGAGAACCAGCACAUAUAGCUUUUUGCAGGAAUGUGGAGUUCCUGAAAAAAUGGCCGGUUGAAGAACUACUGGAGGAAUCGAAUAAGGACAAAAUUCUCUUCAAUUUCGUGAAGCGAGGAACUGUGGUGGUUGAAGAUAGUAAGCAGUGUGAUUGGAUAUAUAUCAUCAAGUCGGGUUCGUGCAAUGUUAUCAAAAAGGUGCCAAAACCAAAUCGAAAACGUACAAAAGUUGCAUUGUCCAUGGAUUUAAAAUUUGCCAACUUGUUGGAAUUAGGGCCAAAGGUAAAGACUCACCGCAGACCGAAAAGCUGCUUUGCGAAAAGACCUAUAGGAAUAUCUAUGGAGAGUCUUCAGAUAAAAGUACACGAAGCCUCUUCAGACUCGGAAGGCGGCGAAGACGACCUCACGAUUCCAAUAGUUGCUGCAAAGAACGAUCCCAAACUAUUACAACUCUCCCCACCUACAAUACACAGGAACAAAAAAGACAAUCAUAACAACAAUAACAGUAACAAUGAAGAUACCUCCAGUGAUGGAGAGGACAACGUAUCUGAAAUCAGCUACCUCACCAAGACAUCUGAUAAAGGAGAACCCGGGUCGCAUGACUCCCGUAGUAUAGUACUGCAAGUAGCGGUGCUGCAGCCUAAAGAUGUCUUCGGAUUAGAAAAUAUGGUUUUUGAUGGCGUUCGGGAGAAAAUCCAUCCUUCAUUGACAUUGGUAGGUGGAAUAUUAUUAAGUACGAGUUCACUUUAUAAGUGUUUUUGAUAUUUUACAUUCUACUAGCUGUAAGUUUCAUUUCCCGAGGUUAAGUUUUGAGGGUAUGUUUGACUUAAUUUUCCGUUUUCAUUUUCUUUUAUUCAAGUACCGUAUUUCAUAUUAAGACUAUGUAAAAUACUCGUGGUAACGAUCGGUCUUUGUUUACACUCUAAAUGUAUUUCCUGGAUUUGACAUUAAAUUUUUAUCUCAGCAGCAAUCAUAUUUAUUGCCGAUGCUACGAUACACCUAUUGUUCAAUGUCCCCUAUACAUUCAAAAUACAUAUUGCAACAAUAUUUUGUUACGCCUUCGCUCCCCGUCUUUCCAAUUAAUCAUCAAUUAUUUAA